AUGAAUAAAACUCAGGUGAAAGAGUUAAUCCAGAGAUGGCGCCACACCCCGGAAGACGACCUGCGGUCUGAGGACUACCAGCACUUCAGGAAUCUGGGGUCGGCCUGCCUGGCUGAAGGGGACACUGAUCGCCUGCUGACUUUUCUUCAGGAUGAGAAAAACCAGGGCAUUGUGAAGUCCAUGGGUUUCCUCCUCCUGGAGCCUCUCGUCAACGAAGUGGCUAAAAAGGAGAAGAAGAGUGUGGAUCGGUGCCAGGCCGCCAUCCUCCAUCUGACCAGGACCUGCAGGCCUCCCGACCUGCUGCACAGCUCUCUGCAGCUGAUCGAAGGCGUCCACGCUGGAGUCAUUUCUGAGACCGUCUUAGCCCUGAUGCCUCACCUGCAGACAGUGCUGCAGCAGCUGCAGGAGGAGCGUGCAGCCAGCCUGGGCCUGGUGCUGGCGGCUCUGCAGAGGCAGCUGUCCCGGCUGCCGGUGCCCUACACCCUGCAGCAGGAGCAGGAGGACGGCUACGGCCUCUGCCGCUGCUGCGGCGCCUUGGCCGCCUUCGUCAGGCCCUUCGUAGAGCAGGUCAAAGAGAGAGGCGGCAAGGGUGGACUCACGGCCGAAGACGAGGAACUGAGGAUGGAACUUGUGAAGUUCUGCAUGAGGAGCCUGAGAGAGCCUCUGCUCGGGGCCACGCUGCAUCCGGGCAGGAAGUCACCUCUGUGGCUCUUUGCGGUGGAGAUAAUGGUCACUCUGCCCGCCAUCAGGGAGCCGUGUUCAGGCCUCCUCUUCUUCAGCAGGGUCAGGACAGACUCGCUGCUGGACCACAGCCAGUCCAGGCAGGCCAGGGCGAGUCUGGCCUACCUGCUGUUCGUCCAGCUCAUCACCAUAGAGAGCUUCCCAGCUGUGUUCAGUCCUGUGUUUGUUCUGCAGUGCAACAUGGAGCACGUCGAUGAACUGACCAGCAGCAAAAAGGAGUCCCAUCUGCAAAAAGGACUGGCACUGCUUGAGAGGAGUCUGGAGAAGGUGCCGGACCACAGUCUUCCAGUGAGUCUGCUGGCUCUGAGCAGCUUCUACAGCGUCCCACAGAACCUGCGGCUUCUUCUCACGGACUGCCCCAUGCAACACCUGAGAACAUCAGGACUGCGUGUCUUCCAGCUGUUCAUCCACAAAUUAGAUGCUGAAGCAAAACACAAAUUUUUCAGGUGCAUGUUGAAAACCAGCAAACACGUCGGGCUGGAAAGUGUCAUUGUGAAGAACAUCAGGAACCAAGUAGAACGUUCCAUGAAGCUGGAACACUCCGGAGACUGCUUCCUGGGAACUGACCUCCUCUCUCUGCUCAGACUGGUUCUGUGUUUGCCUCAAGGUCCAGAGACAGAUCUGCUCAGCAACAUGGACAGGAUCAUGGAGAGUUUGAAUCUUCUACGGUUUCUGCUGAUCAGGGACAAAGAACUGAGGCGAGACACGGCUGUGUGGGACGAGCUGAUCAGGGUCAAAGACCAAUACCUGAUAAUGCUGCGCGUGUGCAUCAGCAUGUCCAGGUCCUACUACUCUGCCGAACUCAAGGCACUGAGGGAGGACCGCAAGCAAAAAGCCAAAGAAUCCAGAGAUGCGGCUCGAUCCAGCAGAUUAGUGAAAAGCUUAAGUGUGACGCAGGAGCAAGUGUCCAACAUGCCUCCAGAGGUCCAGCACCAGGUGUUGCAGUGUGCACUGGUGACCUUUGACCUGAUGGAGAGUCUCGUCAUUCGCAUCGAGGAGAUCACAGAAGAAAAGGCCAAACUCAACUGA